CACAGCGUGACGGGAGUUCGAUGAAGCCUCUUCCUUCGCCAUGUUUCUUUGACGAUGAAAUGUUUGCAUUUCAUUUUGCACACAUAGUCCGUGUAAUAGCAAAGUGUUAUAACGCAUAGUGUUGUCAUCAGUAUGGUCACAUGCUGUGUCCUUGGGUGCAAAAGCAGAAGCGGAAAAUCGCCAAACGGCAUCACAUUUCACAAGUUUCCCAACAAUCCAGAACUCAAAGCUGCCUGGGUAGCUGCUGUAAAACGAAGAAACUGGCAGCCUACGGCACACAGCACUGUGUGCUCCAUUCAUUUUCGUGAAGAAGAUGUAGACCGAACAUCCCUGUGCUGCGUCCGAAUUCGGGAGAACAGGGUACCAUGCCUCGUUUCUGUGCUGCAGAUGACUUCUGGCCCGCAGAAACGCAAUUCAUCGGUGCUGUCCGAGAACACGGAGGAAAAUAAGGAAACCCCCCUGGACCAGCUCGCAAAGGUUGCCACGGCGGCACUAGAAGCGGAGCCGGCGGAUUGUAGCGAAGUAAAAGAAAUCAAGUCUUGCACAGGGAGGAAGCAGAGGGCUGGAACUCUGUCAGACACAAUGCCAAAGGGUUUUUCCAACGCGUCGUUUGAUGGCGGCACCUUAGCAAGAUUCACCAGCAUUCAGAAUAUGCCCGUGAAGUUUGCGAGAGUCAUAAUUCUGGAGCCGGUCAAAGUGGGGGGACCGAAAGUGGUUGCGGAGCAAAAUCGAAACAUCGUGGCUGAAAAAGAUGUGCCAGAAAACGAGAAAGACACGAACAGCAGUGAGAACAUGCACCCCGAGAGUGCGGCUGACGGGUGUAAAGCUGGCGACACCUGUUCCAAGGGUAAAAGUGUGAACACCUCUCAGCCGUCAGGAGGCUGCUCGAGGGUAGGCGUUGACUGUGUCAACACGAACGCGAGCUGCCCGGCUUCGGAAAUGCAACCGUCGGGCGAAAAAGAAGCGGUCGUGCUUCCAGCACCCAACGUGGUCUGUGUCAUCAGCGAAGUUAGAGGAGCCUCGGGAGAAAACGUCAACGAUAUAACACCCGUGAACAGUAUGUCCGGUUGUGCAGAGAGUGGUGGCAGAAGUAGUUGCGAGGCCUUUGUCUGUACGGCAGUCCCUCGGGCUCACCUCAUCGACCACAGCACCAUGUGUCGCAAGCCCCAGGGCUCGGAGCAGACCCCGAGGACAACUAAAGGUGCCGCGUCGCAGAAGCAGCCCGUGGGCCCUGUGCAAACCAGCCCAGAUUGCAGCGAUAACCCAGUGCAGAUUAUGUACUGCGGAACUGUGGGUCCAACCAUUCAGACAGCAAUUCCGGACCACGCGAGUUACUGCGGCAAACCGAUGCCCGUCCUCAAGACCGCUUUGGCUGUUCCCGACCACGCAAAUUACAGCAGGAACGUGACUGCAAUGGCGCAGGCGACUCUGCCCGUUGCGUUGCCCAACCAACCCGCGCUCGACGUGCCCGUUACUUCUGCGGUCGUGCAGCACUCUCCAAGUCCUACGAGCUCGCAGGUCCAGGCAGCCUUGCUGACCUCACCCGAGAGCUCGGACGCGUCUCAAAACCCGGUCCCGGUGGAGACCCCUUCACCCGGGCCCAAAAAUCAGCCGCAAGUUACGCGCUGUCUGGGUGAAUCGUGCGUUCACGAGGGGAUUGCAACCAUGCUGAAGAACGAAUUGAAACGGAUGGGACCGUUGCACCUCCAGAGGAGAAAGAAAGUGAAGGUCUUGCAGCAGGCCCUCCGACGCUCUAAGCAGAAGAACGAGAAACUGGAGAAGCUUGUGGCCGAGCUGCAGAAACGACCCAAACUGGAAGACAAGGAAGAGCUACACAGAAAGCUCGGCAAGGUGUCCGUGGACCUGUGGACGAGGCAGGAAUUAAAGGCAAAGGGGGAAGCCCUUCCGAUAGAAUACUCGGCAGAGCUCGGUACAUUUGCCAAAACGUUGUACAGUCAUUCGGCAGAAGCCUACGAGUUUGUGAGGCAAACGUUUCAAGGGUGUCUUCCACAUUCCAGGACGUUAAAGAAAUGGAAAAACUCGUCCCGCUCAAAUAGCCAGCCCUCUACUACUGCGGACUCUGUCGUUAUCACCAAUGAGAACGGAGAACAGUUAGUGGUGCCCCUGGUGGUGGUGAACGAAGCGCCGUGCAUCGAAGGCAGUGACGUUGUGCAACUUGUGAACGCUGCCGCUGAUGUCUGUACAUGACGUAGGGCCGGUCAGCACUAGAGACUCAACACGGUCGUGUUACGACUAGCUUGCAGUGCCUCAUCUUUUUGAUGAAUGCAGUUUGAGGUGUUUAGAUGGAUAUACUCUCACAAAAGAUAGCAUGGAAGAUUUUUGGCACAUUGUCACUGAAGAAGAAAAAAAAAACUCUUAAGCACAGCACUUUAUAUUGCUCCACGAAGAUACUAAUAAGUUUGAUAUUGCAUUUCUUUUUUUUUUUAAUGUUGUUUUCUGGUCAUUAGCGUCGUCUUGCUGAUUAUUUGAACACUAAUAUUUUUUUGCUAGAUACGUUACACAGAUGUCAUUGGUGUAGCUCGGGCAGUACGAGAUGUUGCAGGACACCAAAGAAGCACCGAAAAGUCUGACUAUAUCACUGCCACCCUCUUUUCCCUUUGAGUCAAUGUGGUGUUCACGCAAAAUUAUAUAAUUUUCCUCAGUUUUUGUACGGAUUCUUCUGUAAAUAAACCCUUCAGUUAGA